AUGACGCAGGGUGGCGGGAGGGUGGCCAUCUCGUGGAGGGUGGUGCGGGGCAGCGGAGCGUCCCUUGCCCCCUCGGCCCCCGCCCUCCACCCGCGGCCCUCGCUGGCCAGGACGCUGCCGAUAUUUCGUGCCUUCCUCCCUGGGGGCGACUCGUUUCUCGACACUUAUGGUCGGCGUCCUCCGGGCGAGCAGGAGGCUUUUUACAUAAAGUCCACACGUAUAGGUAUCGAUCGAGGGCGGCCGGACAGGGUGUACGCAGAUGACGACCCCGCGCGCCCCCCCUCCAUGGCCCCCUCUAACGCCCUGGCCUUCCCCCUUUCAUUAUGUAAAGGACUCGCGUGGGAA